AUGAGUCAAAUCGGAAAUAUUGACAGCGCAAAAUCGAUUGGGGUUGGGCAAUAUCCUUCUGCUCCUCCAGCUUCAGCUGCUGAUGGUAGCAAUAGACAAUCACAUUCACCAAUCCAACAAAACAACAGCCAACCACCAUCUCCACAUCAUAGUAGUGGUGGUGGUGGGUCAGGCGUACCAUCACCUCAAGGUGGACCUCCCCAACAACAAUCAUAUGACCAGUACAAUCAAGGUGGAUACGGUGUUGGAAACUAUGGCCCUCCACAACCAUCCCCAGUACCAUCACCCCAAGGAGGAGGAUAUGGUGGUCCACAGCAACAAGGUGGCCCUGUACCAUCGCCACAGGGUGGUCCCCAACAAGGUGGUCCCGUUCCAUCACCACAAGGUGGUCCACAACAACAAGGUGGAUAUGGUGGUCCACAACAAGGUUAUGGACAACAAGGUGGAUAUGGUGGUCCGCAACAAGGUGGUUAUGGUGGACCACAACAAGGUGGAUAUGGUGGACCACAACAAGGUGGAUAUGGUGGCCCACAACAAGGAGGUUAUGGUGGCCCGCAACAAGGAGGUUAUGGUGGCCCACAACAAGGUGGAUAUGGUGGUCCGCAACAAGGAGGAUACCAAUCUCCACCACAGGGAGGAUAUGGUGGUCCGCAACAAGGAGGCUAUGGUGGACCACAACAAGGAGGAUAUCCACCACAAGGUGGAUAUGGUGGACCACAACAAGGAGGCUAUGGACAAGGAGGAUACGGUGGACCACAACAAGGAGGCUAUGGUGGUCCGCAACAAGGUGGAUAUGGCGGUACACAACAAGGUUAUGGACAACAACUACCACCACCACAACAAGGUUAUGGACAACAAUUACCACCACAACAACCAUAUUCAGGUCAAUCAGUUACAUCAACUGUACCUUUACCAUACUACACUGUCUAUGUUGGUGCAGUCAACUAUCAACUAUCACCAAACUUUAAUGCUUCCAAUGAUUGUGAUGUCUUGAAAAGAGCUUUUAAAGGCAUCGGAACUGACGAAGCCACAGUCAUCAAAGUAUUAUCAAAUAGAAACCUAAGAGAAAGAAUUGCAAUCAAAGAUGAAUACAAUAGAAAGUUUGGAAAGACAUUGGAAAAGGCCCUUAAAUCUGAAACAAGUGGUAAUUUUGGUCUUGCCCUAUGUGCAUUACUUUAUGAACCACUUGAAUUUGAUGUUUAUGAAUUAUACAAGGCUAUGAAGGGAGCAGGUACCAAUGAAAAAUGUUUGGUUGAAAUCUUGGUAACAAGAGGAAACCACCAAAAGGAACAAAUCAAACAAAAAUAUCAACAAACUUAUGCCAAAACCCUCGAGGCCUUUAUCAUUGGCGAUACCUCUGGUAACUUUAAGGAAUUUUUAAAAUCAUUAUUAAAUAGAAGAGAUGAAUCAUUAACAUUUGAUCCAUAUUUGGUUGAAAAUGAUUCAAACAAAUUAUACUAUGCUGGAGAAGGUAAAAUUGGAACAGAUGAAAAGGUAUUUGUUGAAAUUUUUACUCAAAGAUCAUGGGCACAUAUGAGAGAAUUAAUCAAGGUCUAUGAACGUAAUCAUAAGAAACAUUCACUUGAAAGAGCCGUUAGAAGUGAAUUUAGUAGCCAUUUGCGUGAUGGUUUAUUGGCAGUUUUGAGUUAUACAAAUGAUCCAAUUGGAUAUUUUACAGAAUGUUUAUACGAUUCAAUGGUUGGUUUGGGCACUCGAGAUCGACAACUUAUCAGAGGCAUCAUCUCACAACAACACCAAUUGCCAACCAUUAAAGAUAAAUAUCUUUCAAAAUACGGUAAACAAUUAUCAGCUGAUAUCCAAGGUGAUACUAGUGGAGAUUAUCGUAGACUCCUUUUAGCAUUGGUUGGAUAA